UUCGAAUACCAGGAAGCGUGCUACGGAAAGUAACUUGGGUCAAAACACACGCAAGUAAACACGCUGUUGGCCGAGUCUCUCGUGAAUUGGAGGAGUAACUGUACCGUGGAGUCACAGUCGUUCACCAGGAGUGAUGAGAGUCUUAAUUGGUGGAGGAACAGGGUUUGUGGGACGAGAACUCUCUAAACUGCUCAAGAAUAAGGGUCAUGAAGUCACGGUCAUUUCACGACAACCAGGACCUGGGAAAAUAACAUGGGCAGAACUGGAGUCUGGUGGUUUACCACCAUGUGACGGGGCAGUCAAUUUGGCAGGGGAGAAUAUCAUGAACCCUCUGCGCUGGUGGAAUGACAGCUAUAAAAAAGACCUGUUUUCCAGCCGAGUUGACACUACUAGAACUUUGGCCCAAGCUAUUGCAUCCUCUCCCUCUCCACCCCAUAGCUGGGUUCUUGUCUCAGGUGUAGCUUGCUACAGACCCAGCAUUGUAAACCAGUAUACAGAGGAGAGUGACUGGACGCCCUUUGACCUCCUGUCAGGACUGGUGAAAGAGUGGGAGGGUGCAGCAAAACUGCCUGACGACAUCGCAAAGACAACUAGACAAGUGGUUGUUAGACCAGGUGCGGUACUGGGCCGUGACGGCGGGGCCAUGAAGCAGAUGUUGACCCCUUUCUGGUUUGGCCUGGGAGGGCCCCUGGGCUCUGGGCGCCAGCCCUUCCCCUGGAUCCACGUCUCGGACCUGGCUGGCAUCAUCGCCCAUGCUCUGGAACCCGCCACUCCGCUGCCCUCCGACCAGCAGGUGGUGCUCAACGGCGUUGCGCCCACACAGGCCACUAACUAUGAGUUCACCAAGCAGCUGGGCAGCAUCAUGCGGAGGCCCACCAUCAUCCCCGUCCCCGGGUUUGCCUUGGACGUUCUGCUCGGCACCGAGCGGGCGGUUAUCCUCACACAAGGGCAAAAGGUCGUGCCUAAAAGGACCCUGGAGGCCGGCUUUCAGUUUCAGUACCCAGACCUCAACAGUGCCCUGCGGGAGAUUGUGGGGGUUUAAAAAUGGACGCGGAAACACUGAUCCCUUAUUCAUUCACAGGAUUUUUGAAAAGGGAAUGUUAAUAAUGUUUAUAAAUUUCUUGUCACGUUUAGUCAAAUAAAUCCUAACACGU